CCCUCUCCCGCCGCCGCCGUGGGGCCGGGCCGAGCCGAGUCGGGCCGUGCCGUGCUGGGGGAGCGCCCCGGGGCCAUGGCCGGGUCCGGGUCCGGGCCGCGGCUGCUGCUGCUGGGCUGCGCGCUGGCCGCCGGCAGCGCCGCUUUCAACCUGGACGCGGAGCGGCCGGCCGUCUACUCGGGCGCGCCGGGCAGCUACUUCGGCUUCGCCGUGGAUUUCUUCGCCCCUGACCCCUCCUCGAUAUUUCUUCUGGUGGGAGCUCCGAAGGCGAACACCAGCCAGCACAACGUUGUAGAAGGAGGCCAGGUGCUCAGAUGCAACUGGAACUCAAACAGGAAUUGCCAGCCCAUAAUAUUCGACUCCACAGGCAACAGAGAUUUUGCUCCUGAUGAUCCACUGGAAUUUAAGUCUCAUCAGUGGUUUGGAGCCUCCGUGAGAUCCAAAAACGAUAAAAUUCUGGCCUGUGCCCCAUUGUAUCACUGGAGAACUGAAACAAAACAAGAGCGAGAGCCUGUGGGGACUUGUUACUUGCUUGCUGGAUCUAAAUCUGUGGAAUAUGCACCCUGCAGGUCAACCACUAUUGAUGCAGAUGGACAGGGAUUUUGUCAAGGUGGAUUUAGUAUUGACUUUACAAAGGGAGACAGAGUGCUACUUGGAGGACCUGGAAGUUUUUACUGGCAAGGCCAACUUAUUUCUGAUCGAGUGACAGAAAUUGUGGCUAAAUAUGACUCCAAAGUCUACAGUACAAAAUAUGAUGACCAAUUAGCAACCAGACCUGCUAGUGCUGCUUUUGAUGACAGUUACUUGGGUUAUUCAGUGGCUGUUGGAGACUUCAGCGGUGAUGGCAUAGAAGACUUUGUGUCAGGAGUCCCAAGAGCAGCAAGAACACUGGGCAUGGUGUCUAUCUACAAUGGGAAAAACAUGUCUUCCAUGUACAACUUUACUGGAGAGCAGAUGGCUGCUUAUUUUGGGUAUUCGGUGGCUGCCACAGAUAUCAAUGGGGACAAUUAUACAGAUUUGUUUAUCGGAGCCCCUCUUUUUAUGGAUCGAGGUUCUGAUGGGAAACUUCAGGAGGUCGGCCAAGUUUCCAUUUGUCUUCAGCGAGCCUCUGGAGGGUUUCAGAUCACAAAGCUGAAUGGGUUUGAGAUAUUUGCAAGAUUCAGCAGUGCAAUUGCCCCACUGGGUGAUCUAGAUCAGGAUGGCUUCAAUGAUAUUGCAGUUGCUGCACCGUAUGGUGGAGAGGAGAAGAGAGGACUUGUCUAUAUCUACAAUGGAAGAGCAACUGGUUUGAAUGCAGUCCCAUCUCAAAUUCUUGAAGGCCAGUGGGCUGCUCGCACGAUGCCACCCAGCUUUGGGUACUCGCUGAAAGGAGCCACGGAUGUGGACAAAAAUGGAUAUCCAGACUUGAUUGUUGGAGCCUUUGGUGUUGACACAGCGGUUUUGUACAGGUCCAGACCAGUUAUUAGAGUGAAUGCUGCCCUGGAAGUUAAUCCAACCAUUCUAAACCCAGAAAACAAAACCUGUUUACUGUCAGAUGUAAAAGUUUCUUGCUUCAAAGUCAAGUUCUGCCUAAAAGCGGAUGGCAAAGGCAAGCUCCCUAAUUCGCUCAAUUUCCAGGUGGAGCUGCUGUUGGAUAAACUUAAGCAGAAAGGAGCCAUAAGGAGAGCUCUCUUCCUCCACAGCAAACAGCCGAGCCACUCUAAGAAUAUGACUAUUACAAAGGGGGGCAAAAUGAAUUGUGAAGAACUUGAUGCUUUUCUGAGGGAUGAAUCUGAAUUUAGAGACAAACUAACUCCCAUUACUGUUUUUAUGGAAUAUCGUCUGGAUUACAGAACAGCUGCAGAUGCAACAGGAUUGCAUCCUAUCCUCAACCAAUUCACUCCUGCUAACAUGAGCAGACAGGCACAUAUUUUGCUGGAUUGUGGUGAUGACAAUAUCUGCAAACCGAAGCUGGAGGUUUCAGUAGAAAGUGAUCAGAAGAAGAUCUAUAUUGGUGAUGACAAUCCCUUGACACUAAUCGUCAAUGCUCAGAAUCAAGGGGAAGGAGCCUAUGAAGCAGAACUCUUUGUCAUCGUUCCUCCCCAGGCAGAUUUCAUUGGUGUUGUUCGUAACAAUGAGGCUUUAGCAAGACUGUCAUGUGCAUUUAAAACUGAGAAUCAAACUCGCAUGGUGGUUUGUGACCUGGGAAAUCCCAUGAAAGCAGGAACUAAGCUAUUAGCUGGCCUGCGCUUCAGCGUGCACCAGCAGUCUGAAAUGGAUACCUCCGUGAAGUUUGACUUGCAAAUACGAAGUUCUAAUCUGUAUGACAACUUAAGUCCAGUAGCAUUCUACCAAGCCGAUCUCGCCAUUUCAGCAGCUGUUGAAAUUAGAGGUGUGUCGUCUCCUGACCACAUAUUCCUUCCUAUUGCAAAUUGGCAGCCCAAGGAGAAUCCAGAAACGGAAGAUGAUAUAGGGCCUCUAGUUCAGCAUAUCUACGAGCUGAGAAAUAAUGGCCCAAGUGCUUUCAGCAAGGUGAUGAUGACUCUGCAGUGGCCUUACAAAUAUAAAAACUACACACUGUUGUAUAUUGUUCAGUAUGACAUUGAUGGUCCCAUGAACUGCACUUCUGAUAUGGAGAUCAAUCCACUGAAAAUUAAGGUUUCUACUUCUAAAGAUGAUGACAAGAAUGAAACGCUUAGCAGGGAAGAUAAUCGUGAUCAUCGCAUCAGUCGAAGGGAUAUAACUGCUGUUGAAGGGGAUGUGCAUACUUUGGGCUGUGGAAAUGCUGAUUGUUUAAAGAUAACCUGUCAAGUUGGCCACCUGGAGAGGGGAAAGAGUGCAAUAUUGUAUUUAAAGUCACGCCUUUGGACCCAGACUUUCAUGAAUAAAGAAAAUCAGAAUCACUCUUAUUCUCUCAAAUCGUCUGCUUCGUUCAAUGUUAUAGAGUUCCCUUAUAAGAAUCUUUCCUUUGAAGACAUCCACAAUUCUACAGUGGUUACUACAAAUAUUACAUGGGGCAUUCAACCACAGCCUAUGCCUGUACCAGUGUGGGUUAUAAUUUUGGCUGUCCUAGCAGGAUUAUUGCUUUUGGCUGUCCUAGUGCUUGUUAUGUACAGGAUGGGCUUUUUCAAACGUGUGAGACCACCUCAAGAAGAACAAGAAAGAGAACAACUGCAACCACAUGAGAAUGGGGAAGGAACAUCAGAAGCAUAAGCAGAGUUUUAUCUGUGAGACAUUGUGAAACUUUAAAAUGCCUACAUCUUAGUCACAAAUACUGGUUUCCCCCUUACUGAAGAAACACUCAUGACUGCAAAGCUGCUGGUCUCAAAAUAUCAGCACGUACAAAAGAGCAGUAUACUUAAAUCCUCCUUUUUGUAUUAAUCUAACAUGUCUGCACUGAUUUUUGUGUGAAAAGCCUUAAGUAAAACAAAGCGCUAUGAUUUUGCUUAUUGGGAUAUAGUAGGUUGUUUCACAGACCAACUUUACGUGAACUGCUGCACAGACUCCAUUUGUUGAAGCCAACAGCUUCGCUAGAUAGUUGCAAGAUAGCAUAUUUUGCUUCAGUUGAUUUGAGUUUUAGUACACUACACUUGGUUUCCUUACUCUGGAAAGCUAGUUGCACAAAAAAUGAGCAUAGUUUGUGUAUGCGUGUCAAACCUCCACAGGGGUUGAAGUUGAGCCUGUGUAUUAUUUGGGCUGAAUUUCAGUUUUUGGCAAAACAAUGGAGGUAAUACUGUGUGGCAGGAUACCUGAUACAUCCUGGAGAAACUGUUAAUAAUUCUCGCGUUCCAUGGUUGACCACCUCCAAUUGCAGGAUAGAGUAAAACGGACUGUUUAAACUAUGCUAUCUGCCAGCCAAAUGUAUGUAGAUGCAAUCUAGAUUUCAUCAGUACUUUAGCCCCACUCUUGCGUGCCAUGAGAUAACAGUGAGCUUGUCUAACGAAGCAGAGUAUAGCUGGCAAUGUGAAAGGGCUUGAAAAGAGAAGGAUGAGUUGGCUUGUUUUGUUUCAUUCAUUCAAUUUUCAUUUCAUAGCACACGACAUUUCAUUAUGCUUGAUACAUUUCAUUACUGGUAGAGACACUAAGUAUUUAAUUUCAGUGCUUGUUUAUAAACAUACCAAAACUUGAGUGGGUUCAAGCCAUGGGUUUACAUUAUUGUUAGCUUACUUUCCUCAGUAUUGGUUUGGUAAAAUGAAGCCACAUAUACUUCCGAGAGCACACAAGAACAUUGUCUAUGUGCAUUUCAGUAGCCAUGUAACUGUAAAUUAGGUGGUUAUUUGGCUUGCGACCACGUGUAGUUGUGUUGCACACAUCUUAAAGUGGACUUAAACUAGUACAGAGAGUCCUUAUAUCAGAUUUGUUUACCCUCUUUUCCAAAAAAAGAAUAGACUCCCUGUAUGCAGCCAGAUACAGAAAGAAGGGUUCCUGCUGUAACUAUUCCAACGUGUUUUCUAUGUAAACAAGCUCUUAGAAGGAUGAAAACUUUUGGUUUUGUUUUGUUUCCUGUGUUGUGGUUUUUAUUUGAGAUGCAUCUCACCCAUAGAUAAUGCAAUGCCCAGUAAACCCAGAAUUAUCUGAAAUGAAUGGUCUGAUUCAUCUCUCAUUUCUGCAUCCUUUCUGAGAUGUAAAACUCACAAAUAGCUUUCACUGUUAAGUCCAUUCUUACUUAUUGAACCGUGAUGGUAUUUGAGUCAUUAAGGGAGACAGCAGAAAGGCUGUGGGGGGCCAGUUUGUAUAUCAGAUCUAGGCUUGCGUAUUUAUCCACUUACAUGUUUUUAUUUUAGACAAGUUGUUUAGAUAUAAUUACUUUAUUUGAGAAAAGUGUAGGGCAAAAUUCUGGUUUCACUGAAUUUUCAGGGUCUUUGGUGUGGCCCAGGUUUUACUUUUGCCUUUACUUCUAGUAUUAUUACUAGUAAUAUCUUAAGGAUUCAGGAGACGCUUUUAUCCUGGCCCCAAAAUGUGACUUUAUAAAACACACUUUGUCACUUACACAGGCUUCUAGUUCUCACACCUUGUCAAUUUAUUAUCUGUGUGCAAGAAAAUUGCUUUUACCCAAUCUUAAUCUCAGUAGGUUAAUAGGUUUAAGGAACUGCCAGACAGGUCAGUAGCUCUAAUUCUUGUGUGUGUGUCUUCCUUACAUGUACACACCGUGUUGACUUGAAAUUUAUUAGACUACUUGCAUGUCUAGGCAUUAUAAGGAGAUCAGUUUAAAAAAAUCAUGGUCAAGGUUUCUUCAGCUGACAUGGAAGGGAUAGUGUAGCCCUCUUGAUGUCAGUGCUAACUACAUCUUGAUUUUCAGUGGCAACUGGAAACUCAUUUUGCUGUUUUUCAGGAUAAAGAGGUACAUUUUAUUGGUACAUCUGCUGUAGCUGUGGAAAGUUUCUUCCAUUUAUUGAAGUCAAAUAAAAUACUUAUUUAAGUGAUUUUUAUUUUCUUACAUUCUACUAGAGAAUAUAAGCAAGUAGUUGCUUGUCUCAUGUCCACUACUUUCCAGUUUGAUUAAAAAAGAGAAGUAGCAUAUGUAAAUGGAGUAUACAGGUUACUGUAAUGAAUAUAAAUAGAAAACACCCCAAAUUCAGUUUAGAACAACACUUGUGUUUCAGGGAGAUUGAACAGAAUGCUUCCCUGAAGGAAGGGACAAGAAACUUGUCAUUUUGCAUUCUACAUUUGGCUGUAAGAAUACAGAAAACAUGUAUGUAUGUAUACACGCUUGCGUCACCAAGUUUCAUAGUGGCUUACAGGCGUUGAUGUAUUCUUACAGCAAAUAUUUUAGAGGGAUGUUAAAACUUUUAAAGAAACUUUAAAAAUGUAUAUUUGGAAUUAAAUUAGUGUCCUUGAGUCAACUGAUGCGCAUAUGAUACACACUGCAAGUGUUAAAAAACAGAAAACAAAUACAGGAACAGAUAAUUGACUUAGUCCUCUUGAGAGUUAUGUUUCAGAAGCAUAGUUUUUAUAUGUAUAAAAUCAGCAACUAUGUAAUUGUUUAGCCAAUGAAAACAUUUUGUAAGUGCUAUAUCUUUUAUAAUGAAAUAUGAAAUUCUAUAACUUUUCCAGUUUGCAAUUAUUGCAGCAUCUCAUGUUGCAUAUUAAAAGGUGAUUUAUAUUACAAAAUGCGUAUUAUCUAGUUCUAUAUUUGACAAUAUUUAGAAAAUGUAAAGAGAGAAUCCUAAUUUAUAGGUUUACAUUUCUUUUGUGAAACACUACCAAAUUGUGGAGGUGGCUUUGGUUUAAACAUUACUGCAAAGUCAAACGUUAGCAUCAAGCUUAUCAUUUUACUGGUCCCCUUUCUCUGAUUUAAAUUCUGAUUCAUACGUGGAUCUUUGAUUCACAUAAUGCUCUUGAAACUUUAAGAAACUUUAUUACAUAUGUCCGUCCUUUAUGCAAUGUUCCAAGCAAAGACUUUCAGAUUUCUAAAUUUGUGUCCAUGGUUAAUUAGACACUGAGCUAAACUCUCAUAGCUGUUUUAAAAAUAUUUCAGCAAUAAUCAGCAUGUUCUUGGUGCUUUGAAGGAUUCGUAUUGCACUUAAAUUUUUGCAACAUUAAGAUCUGCUGAUGGUUAUCCAUAUGCCCUGCAGUACUUUUCCUACACCCUCUCAAACAGUAAUGGAGCAGCACUACCAUGCUGAGAAUCUAGUUUUUCUCUUUGGUCUAGGGUAAGACCUAUUCCACAGUCUAACGAAAUCACAGCAAACCUGACAUUCACUGCAACUGGCUUUGAAUUGCACCCUUUGUGUUCAAUGCAGCUGGCUGUUUAUGAGGAAGAAGAAAAGAAAGAUUUUAUAAAAAGAAAAUAUAAAUGCAUACUAAAAAGUAGUUGGCAUAACAGUUGAGCAUUGCAGCAAAGAGGUGUGUUUUUUUUUUUUUGCUUGCCUAAUUCUGUGGUGGGAAGAACCUGUUAGUGUUGGCAAUGGUCUUCUAUCACAAAAAAGUGCCACAUUGGAGCGCGAUUACAUGCUGGGCUCUACUGACUCUCGCUGAUGCGAGGGGUCUCUGAACUCUUUGGUACUGAAUCUUUAGCUCCUAGUUCCCAAGUGCAAUAAAAUAGGAUCAGAACUGGUUCACUGCCAAGUCGUCUGUUUUUGUUUGUCUAGGAAGGGAUGUAGCAUUUGUUGACUUGCAGUGGUCAAUAUUUUUAAGGACAUUAACAAAACCAGUGUGUUAAAAUGAUACGGUAAAUGAAUGGCGUAGGAAGUUUUUGAUCACCCACAUUGGGUGAAACAUGAUGUAUAUUCUAAAGCGUAUCCAUUACUAACUCUUGAAUUAUUGAGAAUUGGUACAAUAUUAAGUCCUCUGUGGAAAACAUGACUAGAGACUAUACAAUAAUGGGUUUGAGUUUGUAGUGCUACUACUGUUUCAUGUGAUUAUGGUAUCAAGAAUUUUGGUCUAUUUUUUACCAGUCUGUAACUUUUUUUAAAUAAUAACCCAGGAAAACUAGCAUUACAUGCAAUGACCUUUGGCAAAUAUGCUGCAUUAAGAUUGAAUAACUUGAUCUUUGGUUUUUGAAAAGUAAAUGAAGAUUUAAUGUAGCAUUUUAAGUCUU